AUGCCGGAGCUCCUUGAGACAUCGAUCAAGGCGCUCGAAAUCGCGAAGCUCCUAACGGCCGAAAUUCCUAUCCCGGGGCUCAGCACCGCCGUCGAAUGCGCCCUCGGUGUCGCAAAAAAAGCCCAGGAGAUCAAAGACACUCGGGAUGGCUGUCGAGCUCUCGCUGAGCGUGCUACAACUCUUGUAAUUGCACUCUACCAGCAGCUCAAGAACGGGAGCAGCGACGCGGCGGUCCAAGUGCAUGUCACGACGUUCCUGCAGGACUUGCAAGCCAUCGAGAACUUGAUGGACCGUCGCUUACGUCCUAGAACGCGAGAGCGCAUUCGUUUUGUGUUCAAGCGCAGAAAGAUUGCCGACGAGGUCAAGGUGCUGACGACGAAGCUGGAGGACUCCUUCCGCGUGUUUAUGAUCCAGGCUGCGCUCGCUCUCAACCAAGACAUGAACAUGCUAACGAGCGGGCACAUCCGCAUGCUGCAGCACAUCGACGACUCGGCACGCAUCGGAGAAGUUGUCCUUGAAGACUUCAGAGACAUCCGCACCGGCCUUUCGGAUCUCGCACAUCGUGUCGGAGAAAGGGCAACCUUCAACGGAAAUUUCCGGCUCUUCGCACGCGAAAAUCUCAUUUUGUUGGAGCCGAUCGUCGACUCAUACAAUCCACAGCGUACAACUAGUACAAAGUAUGGAGACGAACGCACCGUCAUCCAGACUGUUGCUCAGCCACGGACAGGACGCGUUUUCCGCUACCGUGCCGUCGUGAAAGCCACCGGUGAACUUUCUGGAACGCAGGUAGUGGUACAUGCAUAUCCAAAUCACGAUGAUCAGCGGUUUGUGGAGGCCGUAAAAUUCGCGAAGCAAAUUUAUCACCCUCACAUGCUGGUUAUGCUGGGGUACUCCUACCCGGGAGAGCCAGGCGAGGCCACAUACAUCGUUAUGGAAGACUACAUUCCCGCUGUGGAAUAUCUCAGUUUCUUGCAUAGUGCCGACAAGUUACAAGCGCACCUGAAAAUAAAGGCGGCGAUUGCUGUAGAUCUUCGUACCAUUGCAAGUGCACACGUGGACACUAUGGUGCAGCAUUGGCUAUCUCUCAUCUUCGGCCCUAUCGGAGCGUACAGGGAUCUGCUUCUAGACCGCUCCUGGCGGCCGCAUUGGGAGAAUAUUGCAGACUAUCCACGGUAUCCUCUCGGAGUGUGGCUGGGACGCAACAGCUCUCGUGAAGAUUGGACCUAUCUAUCUGCACAAUAUCCCGGGUUAGAGGUCGCUUUGACAAUGUCGAGUAAACCGAGUGUACUUCCAGAUCCCAGGCAAGGCCGUAAUUUCUGGCAGAGGUUCAAGGACAUGGACGAAUGGCUCAGAAUCCCGGAAUCGGACCUUGGCGAGAUGUGCAUCGAAUUCGAGCUAGGCACAGGCUGGAACCAGACUAGAUGGAAGAGAUACCAGUUCUCGUGUAUUCCUGUGAACACGACUCUUCUCUUCCAGCAAAGUGUACACGCGCUGGACAGGCUCGCCGCUUCCGCGUGGAUGAUGCGUACACUGCCGGAUCCAUCUGUAGUAGAACUCUACGCGCACAUCAGCAUAGCCCCACGCCGGGUGUAUUUCACUGAGACUACUGUCACAAUGUGCGCACACGCUGCUGAGCAAGCAGCCUCACCGCUUUGGUUCUUCCUGUUGCAAUUUGACAGCGGCGACCAUUCAGCUCACGAGAGCAAUAUUCCAUGCGGCUUCUGGUCAUCGGAGAAGGACCCCGCCUCCGUACCGGUGGAUUUCAUCUUCGAUCAGACGCCACAGUUUGUGCCCAUCGAGGAGGGCGAAGAAGCCCCGCUAUUCACUUCGACACAAGCACUUGGAGACCUCGUGUUCACCACGCAAACAAAAAUGUAUACUGCAAUUCUACAGUUCAGCGAGGACGAGUUGUUAGCAUUCAAGGCGGCUUCGCAACAAACGACAACAGCAGUGUGGACAACACCAGACAAAUCCAUCGCAUCGAGCUUCAGCAACGAAGAGUACCCUGCGAGACUGCAUUGCAGGUCUCCGAGUCUCUUUUCUGCACUGUGA